CAUGGAUCACUUGAUGAUAACCUGUCUGUUCAUUCCCUUUGGGGCACCUGCCAUUGGCCACUGUCAGAGGACAGGAUAUUGGGCUUGAUGGACUUUUGGUCCGACCCAGUAUGGCUGUUCUUACAAUUGCAAGUUGCUCUUGUGAUAUUUAGUGGAUAUUUUUACAACCUCCAGCUGCUAGAAUCAAGAGAUCGCACUAUUGCUGCAAAUUUAAGCAAUUUACAUUUAAAAAAAAAUACAAGAGAUUUUCAUUCACUCUCGGCUAAAAUACAUAUACACACAAUUGGUCAACGUAGGCUGUAGUUUAGGAGCGCUCCUCAAUCCUUGCUGGCACUAAGCUGUCACAUAGCAGCAUCAGGGAGCCAGGCUUCCUACCAUUUUUAGUUAGCUGAGAUUCCAUCCUAUCCUAAUUGGAUGAUGACCUGGCAUCAGCAAUACAUGCUUUUGUGACCUGCUGACUAGGAAAAAAAAGCAAUGUAUCAUCCCUGGUUGGCAAACCAGCAUCUCUUAGGAAACUCCAGCCCAUACAGAAUGUUACAAUGUACUUCCUCAGCAACAUUGGCUACCUCCAGUAUGUCUAACAUGUUUUCUGCUUUCUACACUGGCUUCCCAUUGAAUAUCAAGUUCAAGAUGCUCUAUGGCCUGAACCUAGGAUAUCUAAUAUAUUGCUUAGACCUGCAGGAUGAGGAUUGUAGCUGACAACUCCUUCUACCAUAAGGUAAAGAUUGUCGGACAGAACCAUCUCUAGAUCUGUUCUGAUACUGUGAAGCAAACUCCCUCCGGAACUAAGGGUCCUCACAAAUCCCACCUCCUUCCACUUCCAGAGCAAGGCAUGCUUCUUCAAGCUGCCUUCUCUAACAUAGACACACAGCAGCAUGGACAUUUAAAAACACCCAAAGACCUUCCAAAACAGAUGUUAGUCUGUUGCUUAUUGCAGGGGAUGGAGGAUACACAGCUACUACAGUAUUGUGAUGUGGGUGGUAUAGGAACCUAUACAGAACCGGCCCUUAUGGUUGUAAAGAAAAGCUUGGAAAGUGAAGAGUGUGGGACCUAAUGGCUCAGAAGGCAAAUCAAAUCCCACACUUAAAAACUCCUCAUGAAUUUUAAACCAAUCUCAUGAUUUUGGGGGCCCUAUUGUUUUGUUUUGUGCUGCACAUAUGACUCCUGUGCCCCCUCUCUGUAUUCUCUUCCUUUCUCCCCCUCCGCCGCCCCCCUCUGCCGGCACGAGUCAGUCCGGUGCUGGACUGGCCACUUGGGCUUCGGCGGGGGCUGGCUGCAGGACUCAGGAAGAUGCCUCAGUCAGCCCUUUGCGUUUGGAAACCGAAGAGCGGGCAGGAAUCGAAACCGAAAACGCCGGGCUGGGGAAGUUUAAAAGCGCCGUGCGCGUCCCCGCUCAGCAGAACCUCGGAGGCACGGAGCGGGGCCCCCGGAGAGGCGUGUCCAGGCCAGCAGCCUGCCCCUAGCCGGCCCGCACCGACCCCGAGAGAAGCGCAAAGGCUGAGGGUUAGCUGCACCCUUCCAGCAAGGGCCGGGCGCAGGGGGAGAACCGCAUCCACCCGCCCCCGUCCCAGCGGCUAGGACCUGAGCCCCGGAGAAGCGCAGGGAACCUCCCCCUUCCCUUGGCACUAGGGACUCCUGGAGCAGGGGGGAGCGCCGUGACCUCAGCCCUGCCACGGUGACUCCGGGCACAGGAGAGAUGGCGGCCCUACCGCCCGACGAGCAGUUCCUCUAUCUGCUCUCCUGCUUCAGGGCCCGGCUCACACAGUCCAUACGGGUGGCGCCGGUGCUGGACCGCCUGGUCACGCUGAGCCUGCAGGAGAAGGAGCGGAUCCGGGCGGUCGCUGCGCAGCAGGGCGACCCGCAGGCGGCUGGGGAGCUGCUGGACGCGGUGGCGCGGGGCUGCCAGCAGCAGGGCUGGAUCCAGCAGUUUGUCACUGCGCUGCAGGAGGGGGGCAGCGACCUGGCCGCCUGCUACGUGAACCCCAACCUGAGCGAGCUGCCCUCCCCGGCAGAGGAGGCCGAGCACGACCUGUGCGUGCACCUGGUGCAGCUGCUCUAUAGCACCCUGGUGGAUAAGCUGAAGAGCCCGCAGGUCGCCAACAAGUGCGUGGAGAAGGGACUCUUCCAGGGCGAUGACCGGGAGCGGAUCUUAGCUGCAACUGAAAAUCGUGGAGAUAGGGAAGGUGCACGGGAGUUGUUAAGUAGAAUAAUAAAGAAGAAAGAUUGGUUCUCUCAAUUUUUGGCUGUCCUGCGUGAAACUAAGCAUGGAGACCUUGCAGAUGAACUAAGUGGAAAUGUACCAGAAACAGAAAACAAAGAAAAUGGGAUCAAGCAGCCGGCUACUACAGAUGAGGCCAUGGAAGCUGAAGAGCCGUUGGCCUCUGAAGUGGGAGAGGAGCUGAAGCACAUUGAUGAAAUGAAUGAUAGUCUGGCCAGUGAGAGCAUUAUAUUAGGAACAUCUUUUGAAGACGCUUCUGUAGUUUCAGAGUCUGAUGUCAGUUUGCCAGAUGCAAGUGUCAGUUGCUUAAAUGAAAGCAUGGGACACAGUAGCGCCACAAGUGGUGAUUCAGAUGAGGACAAUAUGGACAAAAGAGCUUCCCCUGAACCAGAGCUGAUUCUCAGAGAUUACCAGAUGGAGGUUGCAAAACCAGCACUGAAUGGGGAGAACGUUAUAAUAUGUCUCCCUACAGGCAGUGGUAAAACCAGAGUGGCUGUUUACAUUACCAAAGAGCAUUUGGAUAAGAAGAAAAGAGCAUCAGAGCCUGGAAAAGUUAUAGUACUUGUGAAUAAGGUACCACUAGUGGAGCAGCAUUUCAGAAAAGAGUUCAACCCAUUCCUGAAGCAUUGGUAUCGGGUUACUGGAUUAAGUGGUGAUUCUCAGCUGAAAAUCUCAUUUCCUGAAGUUGUAAGAAAGAAUGAUGUCAUUAUCAGUACUGCCCAGAUCCUUGAGAAUUCACUGCUGAAUGCAACCACAGAAGAUGAUGAAGAAGGUGUCCAGUUAUCAGACUUUUCUCUCAUUGUUAUUGAUGAAUGUCAUCACACCCAGAAGGAAGGCGUCUAUAACAAUAUAAUGCGACGUUAUUUAAAAGAAAAGAUGAAAAACAAUAGAUUCAGAAAAGAAAACAAACCCCUGAUUCCACAGCCUCAGAUCCUGGGACUAACUGCUUCACCUGGCGUAGGAGGGGCAAGAACUCAUCAGAAAGCUGAAGAACAUAUUCUGAAAAUUUGUGCUAAUCUUGAUGCAUAUAGACUCAUGACUGUUGAAGAACAUGUCUCCCAGCUGAAAGAUCAGGUGAAGGAACCAUAUAAGAAGUUUGUGAUUGCAGAUGACAAAAGAAGGGAUCCCUUUAGAGAGAAAAUUACAGAAAUUAUGACAGAAAUUCAAAAUUAUUGUCACCUCAACCCAACAUUUGAAUUUGGAACUCAGCCCUACGAACAGUGGGCGGUUAAAGAGGAGAAAAAAGCUGCAAAAGAAGAAAACCGUAAAGAACGUGUUUGUGCAGAGCAUUUAAAGAAGUAUAAUGAUGCCCUGCAAAUUAAUGACACUAUCCGAAUGAUCGAUGCAUACAACCACCUCAAUAACUUCUAUAAGGAGGAGAAAAGCAAGAAAACAACAGUAAAUGAAGACGACGAUGAACCAGUAGCAUCAAAACUAGAUGAAACAGAUACGUUUCUGAUAAAGUUAUUUUACGCAAAAAAGAAACAGCUGAAAGAGUUGGCUGGAAAGCCGGAAUAUGAAAAUGAGAAGCUGACACAGUUGCGAAACACCUUAAUGGAGGAGUUCACAAAGACUGAUGAAGCUAGGGGAAUUAUCUUCACAAAGACUCGGCAAAGUGCAUUUGCCCUUUUUCAGUGGAUUAAGGACAACACAAAAUUUGAAGAAGUGGGAAUUAAAGCUCACUACCUUAUUGGAGCUGGGCAUAACAGUGAAUUUAAACCCAUGACUCAGAAUGAACAAAGGGAAAUAAUCAGUAAAUUUCGUGCUGGAAACGUCAACCUACUUAUUGCUACUACUGUGGCUGAAGAAGGCCUGGAUAUCAAAGAGUGUAACAUAGUUAUCCGCUAUGGUCUUGUCACCAAUGAAAUAGCUAUGGUGCAGGCCCGGGGUCGAGCUCGAGCUGAUGAGAGCACCUAUGUACUGGUGGCAUCUGGUGGAUCGGGAGCUGUUGAACGUGAAAAUGUUAAUAUAUUUCGUGAGCAAAUGAUGUAUAAAGCUAUUCAACGUGUCCAAAGGAUGCGACGGGAGGAAUAUUUAAAUAAGAUUCAGGGCUUUCAGAUGCAAAGUAUAAUGGAAAAAAAAAUGAAGGCGAAGAGAGAUCAGCUUAAGACAUACAAGGAAAAUCCAUCACUAAUAACUUUCCUUUGCAAAAAUUGCCACAAACUGAAAUGUUCUGGGGAAGACAUACAAGUGAUAGAAAAUAUGCAUCAUGUCAAUGUGAAAAAGGAGUUCCAGGACCUUUACAGCAUAAGAGAAAAUAAAACACUGCAAGAAAAACAUGCCGAUUACCAAAUAAAUGGUGAAAUUAUCUGCAAAGAUUGUGGGCAAGCUUGGGGAAAUAUGAUGGUGCACCGAGGUGUAGACCUGCCUUGCUUAAAGAUCAGAAAUUUUGUAGUUGUAUUCAAGGAUAAGAAAACCUCAAACAAAAUUUUCAAAAAAUGGGGAGAGCUACCAAUCAAGUUCCCUGUCUUUGACUAUGCAGAGCAUUAUGUUUCCAGUGACGAAGAUUAAAACUUCAUUCAAGGAUGUAAAGAAAUGCAACUAUUCAGCAUUAUUUUGACUGCUAUAAUCAGACUCCUCUUUUGCAUACAGAAGGCCAAAUUUUGCAUCCUACAGACUGUGGAAGGCCUUGAAUGCAGUAAAACUAUUGUGUGUGAAGAGGAAGGACAUGGAGAGGAGAGAGGACUAUGCUGUCUGGCAGCUGUUUACACUCCAACAUGCAGUGGAGGUUUAGGAUGGGUUGAGGAAAAAGAAGACCUCAUGGAGCCAGGCUUAGUGUGGGUCCACAGAACAAGCCUACUCUACCUACACAGCAGAAUCCAGUCAAUUAUCAAGGUCUCCCUUAUAUUUUUUUAAUUGCAGCUGUCAUUUUUAUUAUUGCAAUGAGUGCCUUUCGCUGGCUGAGACUUUCUUCAAAUAUCCUUUCGCUGGCUGAGACUUUCUUCAAAUAUUUUGGGGGUUUUAUCUCAAGAGAUGCUUUUUAAAAAAUAACUUGAUUGUAGUUCAAAUGUGCUGAAAGCAGGGAUUGGGAAUCAGUUUUUGGUGACACAGCAGCAGAAGUGGAGUACAGGGUAUGCAAGCAUUAUCCCAGUGCAAGAGUUGGUUAGGGCCACUGACUCCUAGAAGUGGUCUAAGCUGGUCAUUUUCCUCUCCUCCUUCCUCAUGCUCACAUUGCUACUACUCAGAAGCACAGGUGACCUUGCUGUCUCUACUUCUACACUAUGUCCUGAAAGGGGAGGCCGGUGAGGGGAGUAGAUUUACCUAGUGUUGUCUCCCAGAAUGCUCUGCUUCUCUCCCUUUAUGCCAUCAGCUGGCGACUCCCAAAUGUGUUAUGUAGUCAGACUAAAACUA